AUGGCGAUGAAAACCAAACGCGAGUUGUCAUCUUCCACCUCUCCCAGCUCCAUCGUUUCAGUUUUCUCGCUCGAAUCCUCUGUCCGCCCUCCAUCUCGAUUCUCGUCGAGCGGCUGCCGUCGCUUCUGCUCCGGCAACUCGCGAUCCUCGCGGCGCGAUCGCAUGCGAAAUCUUGCUCCCGGGAGGAGAGGAGCGGACUCCGUUUCCCCGGCGGGAAGGAGAGGCGGACGGCCUCGGGGCGUGACGACCGCGACCUGAACCCCGAUCGGUGCUCGAAUGCGAGUUCGCGCUGGCUCUUUCGGAUGCCGACCGACGGAGUAUGCGCGCCCAUCGCGGAACUGCGCGAUCGGGCGCUGGACCGGUGCUCCCGCUGGUUCCCCUGCCUCGCCGACCCCGCUCGGAGAUCUUCGUUGGUGUUGAAGGUGGCUCUGGUGGCGCUGCAUCUUGUAUAUGCGGGCAUUCUAUUUUCAUUUGACGAAGACUUGAUCGAGAACACGAGAAGGCAACCGUGGUACAUUGCCUUGUAUUUGCUGCUUUUUGUCGCUGCAUUAAUCCAAUACUUCAUCACAGCUGGAUCUUCUCCAGGAUAUGUCCUUGAUGCGAUGAAAGCUUACAAUGAAGCAAACUCACUGUUUAUAAGGAGUCCAACAGCUUCAAAACAUCCUGCUUCGAGCAAGAAUGGUAGCUUGACUGUGACUGUGGAUAUUAAUCAGUCUGGAAGAAACUCUCUUGGAAGUAGUUCUUGGUCAAAGAUGGUUAUGGAAUUUUAUCCCCUUGGAACUUCCAUAAGAACUAUGACAUGCUCGUACUGUAAUAUUGAGCAGCCUCCAAGAGCAAAGCACUGUCAUGAUUGUGAUAAAUGUGUUCUUCAAUUUGAUCACCACUGUGUUUGGCUUGGGACAUGCAUUGGCCAGGGUAAUCACUGUCAUUUUUGGUGGUAUAUAUUUGAAGAGACUGCACUGUGCUUGUGGACUGGCAUCUUGUACAUUACAUACCUGAAGACUAGCAUAUCUGGGGCUUGGUGGAAGGAUCUGAUAAUGAUACUACUAUUAAUUUCUCUGGUGGUUUUAUUCAUCUUUCUUCUCCUACUACUGCUUUUUCAUAGCUACCUUGUGCUGACGAAUCAGACCACCUAUGAACUUGUCAGACGUAGACGCAUCCCAUACCUCAGAGGACUUCCUGAAAACGUUUUCCCUUUUAGUAAGGGUGUAUGCAGAAACUUGUACAGAUUCUGUUGUGCUCAAAGCACCAUUUACGAUAUGGAAAGGCUGCCCACAGCUUUUGAAGUUGAAGAGAAGUUGAGGCCAUACACUUGCUUGGAUGUUCUAACGUGCCGUUGCUGCUAAGCUUUUGACCUAUUUGUAAUUCUACUCAACUAUUUUUCUGUGUGCAUAUUGUAUAGUCCGGGUGCUGGCAUUUUCACUGUCAAAUUGCUUAGGCUUGUUUGUUGAUCUUUAGGUGGUAUAUAGAUAAUACUUUGCGGGGGCAUAUUUGGCUUUUCUUUCAUUUGGCCUUGUAAUAUUCUCUUGUAGCAUCUCGCCAAAGUUGACCAAUAGAAUGGGGAUUGGGGAUAGUUCAUUA